GGAUCCCAGUCCUUCGUGCUCUCUCAGUUUCUCACUCUCUUCCUCAAAGUUUGAGUCUUUAUCCUUUCUUUAGGGUUUUCGUUUUUCUCGCUAUGGCCUCUGCCGAGAUCGAGUUCCGUUGCUUCGUCGGAGGGCUCGCCUGGGCCACCGACAACGAGGCCCUUGAAAGGGCCUUUGCUCCUUUUGGCGAGAUCAUCGAAUCGAAGAUCAUCAACGACCGCGAGACCGGAAGGUCAAGGGGAUUCGGAUUCGUCACCUUCAGCAACGAGAAGGCCAUGAGGGACGCGAUCGAAGGCAUGAACGGCCAGGACCUUGACGGCCGUAACAUCACCGUCAACGAGGCUCAGUCCCGCGGAAGCGGUGGCGGUGGCGGCGGUGGUGGAUACGGUGGCAGCCGGGGAGGCGGUGGCUACGGAAGUGGCGGUGGCGGUUACGGCGGCCGUCGUGAAGGCGGAGGCGGUGGCUACGGAAGUGGCGGUGGAGGUUAUGGCGGUGGUGGCCGUCGUGAGGGUGGAGGCGGUGGAUACAGCCGUGGUGGUGGAAGCUAUGGAAGCGGUGGUGGUGGUGGCUACGGAGGUGGCGGCCGGGACCGUGGAUCUGACGGCGGCAGCUGGAGGAGUUAGAUCUGUUAGGGUUUGUUAGUGGCUCUGGGACUGGUUUAGUUGUUCUGCGUUAUGUUUAGGGUUAGCGGGAUCUGGAUCUCUUUGGUUAUGGUGGUGAUGGCUUGUGUGUUCUCUUGGUUCGGUUCUGUUCUGUUCUCUAAUUUUGAUCUAUGAAAAAUGGUCACUCUAUGUUAUUUUUCAUGUACUCAGUCCUAAGAAAAAAUGGUGUUUGAGAAAUGAAGUAUAGACUCUUCGUUUGCAAA